AAUAACCACUGGAACGCACUGUACAUACAUGCAAAUUCUGCCAGAGUUUUUGUGUGCGACCCAUCACCAGCAUCCAAUGAACACAAGGACUCAUGUGUUGCUGCCCAGAGAAUACGAUGGCCAUAGCAGUGAUGGAAGCUUUCCCAGACGUUCCGACAAUACAAUUCGACACAACAAAGAGAGCCAUGGCAGAAGCGAGAAGAUUUAUGGCUCUCCAAGUCCUCAAAGCGUCAGUCUUUGAAAAUGAAUGCGGCAUGUGUGGAACGGACAAGGCCCCUGGGAACGCGGCUUCUUACACAGACUGGAUCCAGUGCGACGCAUGUGACCGUUGGUUUCAUGCUCUUUGUCUCAACAUGGUGAAGGCAACAUUGGACAGCUUAAAAAAACAAAAAUGGCUUUGUGUUUUGUGUGAAUAA